AUGGCGAAUUAUAUUGUUUGCCUUGCCCAUUUCUGUGAACUUCAUGGGCCCUCUACAAUUAUAUGUACACAGGUUGCACCUCUGGAACAAGAAUCACUGCUACUAUUACCGUCUAAUUCUAAACUACAAACAUGUGCAUCUUGCAAAUUUAUACUUCCAGACAAUUCAGCUAACUUGGUGACUGCUGAGCGACAAGAAGAAGGCGAUAGACUGUUCAUUUCGAGUCAAUAUCCAACUUCUCAGAAGAGAUAUAGUACUUUAACCAAGUUGGUUAUGAAAUCGCUAUCGGUGGAAACAACGGCCAACUUGCCAGCACCCGUAUUCUAUGGGGACGAUGCCAAUGGCUAUUGCAUUAGCAAGGUAUUUAAGAUUAAGGACGUGAAUGCUAGGGGAGCAGAAAGAAAAUACUCAUUGAUGGUAAUCUGUGACUCCGAAACCUGUCUACUUGCAGCUUGGGAUCUCAUAGGCACGUAUUUAAACGAGAUCGUAUCGAUAAUUCAAGAUCAGGUCAUAUUGGCCGUUGAAGAUGCCCUUAGGCAGAAACGUUCGGGGUCAAAUGGAGAUGGUUCUGUAUUAGACAAUGAACAUUAUUUAAGACGCUCUAUGGUUAGGCCAAGAUCUCUAGCAGAGCUUACAAAUGAUUCCCAGAUUUUCGUGAAGUUUCAUCUUUGGGCUAUGGAAUUAUUGAAGGAUAUAACAAGACAGGCAUAG